AUGGCAACAUUCAGACUCAUCAACCUCUCGACUGGUGUAGUCAGCGAGCAGGUCUUGGGUACCUCACCACCAUACCUAGCCGCGUCACACGCCUGGAGUGAGCAACGAUUUCCUCUCGGUAGGAAGUUUUUAGAAAGCCCAGGCCGACAAGCCCUCAAAGCAGUCAAUGAGCAGCGAUUUGCUGGUACAGUGGACUAUUGCUGGGUGGACACAAUCUGCAUCAAUCAGCAAGAUGAUGCAGAUAUGAACCAACAAAUUCCACUGAUGGGUCGCAUUUUUGGCGAUUCUAUCGCUGUGGUGAUUGUAUUAAGCUGCGACCUGCAGAUGUCCCAGGCGAGCGUAGAUCGAGUAGUGGGACAGCUCAAGCCUGCGGUCAGAAUGCAUGAGGAAGAAGAAUGGGCCGAGCAAGGUACGAUUUGGAGGACGGGACAUGGGCGAAAAUUGAUCAUCAGAGGAAUGAGGGGGCUGGCAAGGCUAACUACCACGCCCUGGGCCACACGGGUAUGGACUUUGCAGGAAUACAUCCUUGCCAGCCAAGUAAUAUGGAUUGGAAAGGAACUAGUACCCCUCGUCGUUCAAGAUAUUCUCUUCUCAGCAUUACCGGAUAUCUGCGACACGCUGAGAAUUGAGGAAUGUUUCGGAGACGAGUUUCAUAGAUUAUACAGUUACUUCAGUGGGAUGGCGAAUAUGCGUUUGGCCCGGGGCGACAGAACACGGGUGAUGGAGCUCCUCGGAAAUCGGUCAGCUGAGCUGCCUCGUGACGAGGUUUACGGCAUUAUGGCUGCUUCCGGGGUGGAGAUCUCAACAUCGACAAGCGAGACGAACAAAGGAGCUUGGAGCAAGUGGUUCGAGCAGGCUGUCUCUUGCGGUCACUUGAGAUGGCUUCUGAUGCCGGUAGCGACACCGGCGCCUCUAACACAUCGAGGCAAGCCUAGCUGCAUAUUGCCAGACUUUGAUAUAAGGCACAAGCUCUCUUCUUCAAGCUGUCUGGAUACAGUCAAGCCACUAGGACUUGUUCGCAUGGAGGAGGGGACCGCGAUAGUCGACGGCCGAUGGUUAGGUGUUUGCACUGUCAAAAAGCACUUGGGUACUGUGCAUGAGCCUGUUCCUAAUGAAAUACAUCGCGACAUUACCCUAAUUCUAUUCAGUCAGGGUAAAAGUCGCAGAGCUCGCAAGGUCGCCAGUGCUUUUGGUGGUGGGCGAUACAAUUCUCGACAAAUCUGCGUCAUUGCAACAAUUCUCCAGAGGAACUUUCGCAAGGCCGUCAGGGCGGUGAAGCUACAGAGAGAACGCGAUUUCCGCUUGCGUCUCCGGAAUGCGAUUGAACACACCAUCUGGGGUGACUUUAUGGAGUUUCAGAUGGGACAGAUGCCGGGAAUGAACGAAGGGACUGCUUAUCUCACAGAACUUCGCCGAGGGUCGAUCUUGGUGGAGGUCCCGAUUGUCCUUCCUACCGCGCAAGCCAUGCCGAGUACGGAGCUAGGUAUUAUCGAUCUAGGAGCCCGCACAAUCGAUAAGAGAUGCGUUUUCAUGAUAGUGGCUGGUGCCAACGCCGACGGCGAUAUGCGCGGUUCUGUCCUGCACAGAGUUGCUGUAACCCUGCCGGUUACUGGGGACUACGAAAGUCACAUCGAAAAGCUCCCUUUGCGGGGGUUUGCCAUUGGGGGAGAGGCUUGUCAAAUCUGUCAGCAGGAAAGGGCUAUCUAA